UUAAGAAAAGAUGGCCAGUAAACUAGAGAUUCCUCUUCAUGAAGAGAUAUUUACAAUAAUGAGACAACAUGGAGCCAAUCUGGGCAACAUCCUGGACACUAAAUUCAGAUGUGUUGCUGCUGUUUGGGGUGUGCGGCUGGAGAAUCAGAGCAGCACUCCAUACCAGAGAGGACCAUCAACCAUUUCUGCAGAGAAGAGGCUUGAAAUCAUUAUGCCUUCGGGUGUAAAGGUGUCUGUAUGGAAGGCUGAUCUCACCACCUUCCCUACCGUUGCUGUUGUGAAUGCAGCUAAUGAAAAGUUACAGCACUAUGGAGGCCUUGCUCGAGCUCUGUCCACUGCUGGUGGUCCUCAAAUCCAAAAGGAAAGUGAUGAUUAUAUUAAAAAGUAUGUAAAAUUAGAAACAGGGGAGGCAGUUGUUUUUGACGCAGGGCUACUACCAUGCAAAAAGAUCAUUCAUGCUGUGGGUCCAGAGCUGCCAUACAAACCUACAAAGAACGAUGUGUCAAAAGCGAGGCCAUUUUUGAAGAAAACUAUCUUGAGCAUUUUUGACAAAGUUGAAAAACACGGUCUGGGGAAUGUUGCCAUUCCUGCCAUAAGCUCUGGAUUGUUCAACUACCCACUGCCAGAAUGUGCCCACAUCAUAGUGUCUACCGUUAAACAGUACUAUGAGUGCCUGUCCCCUCGCAGACGUGUUGCUCAAGAGAUCUUCCUAGUGAACCAUGAUGAACCCACAGUGCAGGCCAUGGAGACAGCAUGCCAUCAGAUAUUCAGGCCUCAACGGAAUCAUGAAAAAGCCUUUAAAGAAGAAAAGGUAAACAUCCGGAAAGGAUCACAACAUUUGAGCUCUCCACAUAAGGGAUUAGGGCUAGGAGUGAAGUGCAGCCUGAAACACUCUCCAGGUCAAUCUUCGGGGUCCCAACCCCAUCCGACGCCAGAAGCAUCUGGGCGUAAAGCUGAUUCCUACAUUAGGAGAGCUUCAACUCCACACCUCAUCCUGCUUGGUCCGUCUGAUGAGUCAACACACGAGGCUGAGAAGUGGCUCAAUCGUCUUCUCUCAAUGCAAUCUCACACCAUUACGAUCUACAACAACUUUAUCUCACACUUCAGGAUGGAAGACCAUCUCAGGCUAGGGUCAUCAAAAGGGUUGUUAAUGAAAAAGUACUUGAUUCAAGGUCAUGCAUCUAUAGAAAUAACCUCAAAGACAAAGGAAGAGACUGUUUUUGCUGCUCUGGAGGUGGAGGCCAUGCUCUGUAAAAUCCAGAAGGAGUUCAUCUCAGAGGAAGAAGGUGACCUGCAGAUGUUGUCUCAAACAGAGCUAUCCUGUAAAAGGGAAACAAUUGAAAAGUCAAGUAAAGAAUUCUUGGAUCGAUCUGCUGCGUUCGGCAUUUACGGGCUCAGAGUAAUGAAGGUGGAAAAACUGGAGAACAAUCCUCUGAAGUUGAUGUUCAACCUGAAGAAAAAGCAGCUUGGCAGUUCAUCUUCUAGAACCAUAUUUCAGUGCAUCCCAGCACAGUUCUGUGAGAUGAUCAGUAGGAUUGGGUUCCAGGCUGAGUGUUCACCGCCUGAAGAUCCAAAGAAUGUGGGGAUCUAUUUUGCUGGAAAUGUGAAGAAAGCCCUGGAGAUGUGGAAGAAGGGAAAUGAAGAGUACCUGUACUUUGUGGAGGCUGAAGUGGUGACAGGAAAAUCAGCCUCUGAUUACCCAGGAAACCCAAUGCCUCGUCCAGCUGAAAAAGAGCCUAAAUUUAUCCAUGACAGUGUGGAUGCAGGCCCAGAUGUAUCCGUUAUCCUCAGUGGGUAUCAAGCUUUACCGAUGUACAUCAUUAUCUGUAAAAUGGAUCCAAUAAUUCACAACAGGAGGCAGGACUGUACGAUCCGUGACUCUCGUCGUCAGAAUUACCCAUAUGCAGUUUAACCUGAUAAAUUUUAGUUAUCAGGUAAAACUGUUCACUGGAGAGUUUCAUUAGUGGCUUGAUAUGUUUCACAGACUACAAAAUAAGAAAAACAGAGAGCGUCGUUUGGAGUCUUUGUGUCACAUUCCUAAUUAUCUGAUUGGUUCUAACAUGAUGAGACUGACCCUGUUAAUCCCGCCUUUAAAAUCAAGCUGUACCAGCGCUUUAGCAGACUGAUACGAUGCAUACACAACAAAUCAGUCUACAUUUGUUCACUGUUAAAUAUAAGAAUCAGAUUUCAUAAACGAAUAAUCAAACAGAACCUCCAGCAAAAUAU